AUGCACAAUUCCCUCUGGGACACCACGACCAUCUCCUACACAGGAUGUGCUGCUCAGCUCUUCUUCUUUAUGUUCUUCAUGUCAGCAGAGUUUUAUCUCCUGACCAUUAUGUGCUACGACCGCUACGUGUCCAUCUGCAAACCCCUGCACUACGGGACCCUCCUGGGCAGCAGAGCUUGUGCCCAUAUGGCAGGAGCUGCCUGGGCCAGUGCCUUUCUCACUGCUCUCAUGCACACGGCCAAUACAUUUUCCCUGCCCCUGUGCCAUGGCAAUGCCCUGGGCCAGUUCUUCUGUGAAAUUCCCCAGAUCCUCAAGCUCUCCUGCUCCAAAUCCUAUCUCAGGGAACUUGGGCUCAUUGCUGUUAGUGCCUGUUUGGUAUUUGGCUGUUUUGUGUUCAUUGUUUUCUCCUGUGUGCAGAUCUUCAAGGCUGUGCUGAGGAUCCCAUCUGAGCAGGGACGGCACAAAGCCUUUUCCACCUGCAUCCCUCAACUGGCCGUGGUCUCUCUGUUCAUCACCACUGGUAUAUUUGCUCACCUGAAGCCCUCCUCCAUCUCCUCCCCAUCCCUGGAUUUCUCAGUGUCAGUUCUGUACUCGGUGGUGCCUCCAGCCCUGAACCCCCUCAUCUACAGCCUGAGGAAACAGGAGCUCAAGGCUGCAGUGUGGGGACUGAUAACUCGAUGCUUUCAUAAACAUUGA